AUUUUAUUACAGAAUAAACCUAUUUACCAAACAUUUGUAAUUGCAUUCCAUAGAUUUUUGGCCUCAACGAUCAGCUGUAAAAGGGGUGCAGCUCAGAAACCAUGGCAACGGUUGCUACGGAACUAUCAAGUUCUUUGCUCUUUUGAUAAGUGAGAAGCUGGACGCUGAUUGGACGGAUUACGUCAUGGCUGAGGAAUGGCUUGUGCUGGAACCCGGAAGUAGCUGACAGUUGCUGCUCUGCUCUCAGCCUGGAAGCUCAGAGGAGUCAGGUACAGGGGGGAUGUGUUAUUAAGUCACCCAGCUGGUAUAAAAGUACAAAAAGUCUGUCCAAGAAGCACUAAAUUUGUGGAGAGGGGAACAAAUAAGUCUGGGGACAAUGUACUUUACAUGGCAAAACCCUCUAUAUCCUGUGCUAUUUUAUUCUUCUUAAUUUCAUUUAAAAUAUUUAGUAACAGACACAUUGGAGUCUGUAAAUCUAAUAUUAUAUUUUAUAGAUUAUAUAGUUGUAGAUAGAUUGACUAUUGGCUUUGUUGUGAUAUUAUUAUUAUUAUUAUUAAUGUAUUUAUUAGUACACACCUAUAUUUGCUGAAUAUUUAUGUAUAAUUUUUUUUGUAAAUUAUUACAUAACCUUUUGUGUGUCCUUAUUAAAAUAUUGCAGUUAUUUAUGCUAGCCUUGUGCGUGCAAACUCACCUCAUUCCAUGUUUUUCUCUUUUCAACCUUUGGCACAAAUCAGGAGCCAUUGACAAAUGCACUUUUAACCAUUUAUAUGCAGAGCAAGACACAAUAAAUAGUGACGUGGCUCUAUUAACACACACACACACAUAUAUAUAUAUAUAUAUAUAUAUAUACAUAUAUAUAUAUAUAUAUAUAUAUAACAAGAGGGGUUGGCUGCACUCACCUUAAUGAAGUGGUCUGGGUGCCUGGUCCAGCUAGGGUUAACCCAUUUUUAAUAAACAUAGCAGUUUCAGAGAAACUGCUAUGUUUAUUAAUGGGUUAAGCCUUCCCCCAUUCCUCUAGUGGCUGUCUCAUUGACAGCCACUAGAACUUGAUGCUUCUCACUGUGAUUUUCACAGUGAGAGCACGCCAGCGUCGAUAGGAAAGCAUUGUAAAUGCUUUCCUAUGCGACUGGCUGAAUCUUGGCGUCGCGCAUUCAGCUGAUGAAGCGGGUCGGAGGAGGAGGAGGCGAGAGCUCUCAGCCCGAAGCGCUGGAAAAGGUAAGUUUUUACCCCUUUCCCCCUUCCAGAGCCGGGCGGGAGGGGGACCCUGAGGGUGGGGGCACCCUCAGGGCACUAUAGUGCCAGGAAAACGAGUAUGUUUUCCUGGCACUAUAGUGGUCCUUUAACAUGCAUAAAUGGGGGUGCUGCUGGGGGCCAAAUAAUACAAUACACAAGAUCCAGCGCAAUCACCUAUCCACUAAACAGCAACUUUAAUGUUGAAAGAUUUUAUUUGUUUUUUUAAAAAACACCUAAUCUAGGCAAAAACAAUGGGGGUUUAGUUACAUUAUAUGAUCAUACAUUGCAUAAGCCUGCCACAACGUCAAUGUACCCCAUCUUUGGCAGGUCCUACACUACACUACAAAAAACAAAUAAAAUCUAAAGUCUAGCCAACUCCUUGAUUUUGCACCCCUAUUUGGGAGUCUAGCCAACUCCUUGAUUUUGCACCCCUUCCUGUCACAGGUGCCUCAUCCCAGGGCCCUAUCUAUCCUUGUACUGCAGAGAGCCCCAGAUGGAAUUUUUUUCCCCAAGUAGGUUAAUCUCAUAAGAGCAGACAUUAGGCUGUUAGUGUAGGACCUGCCAAAGAUGGGGUACAUUGACGUUGUGGCAGGCUUAUGCAAUGUAUGAUCAUAUAAUGUAACUAAACCCCCAUUGUUUUUGCCUAGAUUAGGUGUUUUUAAAAAAACAAACAAAUAAAAUCUUUCAACAUUAAAGUUGCUGUUUAGUGGAUAGGUGAGUGCGCUGGAUCUUGUGUAUUAUUUAUACAUAUAUAUGUAUAGUGUUCACUAUACACAGUAACAUAAAAAAACUGUAGCUCAAAAAGGUUUUUAAGAGCUGUGAACAGGCUCUGUAUUGUGUGUGGAAGGGUGCAUCAUAUGGGCUUUGGUGGAUAAACCCAUAAAUUAUCCAUUACACAAAACUCCAUGUCACUUUUUCUUGUUAAUUCUGCAAAAAAUGUAAAUUAAAGGGGCAUUUCAAGUACCAUAACCACUACAUCCUUGUGUAAUAAUCAUGGUGCAGCUUCUCUGGUGCUGUGACAUUGUUCAGAGUCAAUUUGCAAACAUUUCACUCUUACAUGUGUCCUGAUAGAUAUAGCUAAAUUGGACAUUUCCCUUCCAUGUUUAAAAAAUACUAAUAUAUAUAUAUAUAUAUAUUGUAACAGAGUGUUGGGGAUGGUGGUCAGCGGUGUAUAUCUGGCACCCAGACUUUUGCACAGCCACUAUCCUGACAUGUGGCUAAGCACAUGCAGCCCCAGGGAAAGUUAAGUUUAAAUUUAGUUUUUUUUUCCUCUUGUUAUUUGGGUCCCUGGGGUGGAGUAUUCGGAAGAGCAGAGUGGGCCGAUUCUCCACCCACUGUCAGAGUGGUUGUGCAUGAGUCCAGCCCAGGUUUCCCAUAGAGUUCUGGCUCACUGCCUAACGAGGUGAUUAGCCUCACCUGUAGGGGCUAUGAGCAGCUAUAUAACUGCAGUUAAAGCAGGGUGAAGUGAGGGAAGUGUUUUGGAGGAGAAAGAAGGUGUUUUGUGGAGAAAGAAGAUUUGCUGAUUCAUUGUAUCCUGUUACUUCACAACAACAGAAAAUAAACAGGCCAGAGGCCUUUUUUUGAAACUGGACUUUGUCUUGACCUGGUUUUCUUACCCUAGAGGGCUGUGCGGUUGCCAAAAGAUCCUGGACAAACACACACAGGAAAGUAAGUUUGUCCCAAAAUAUAUAUAUAUAUAUAUAACACACACACAUGAAUAAAGCUUGGACUGCACUCAGUCUUCCAAUACAAAAAAACUCUUUAUUUCAUCAAAUCAGCAAAUAUAUAUAUAUAAUUUAGACAGACUUUGUCUGCCAGCAUGAUCGACAGUGUUGAUGGCAAGAGAAUGUUCAAGAAUUUGAGUGGAGUUUUAGCAGCAAUUCAGAAUACUAACCCUUACCUAUAAUGCUAUAAACAACUCUAGCCUCUGUUAAAUUUCUUCCCUAAUUUGUAAGUACACCCCUUUUCAGUCUCUCUGCUCUGCAGGUGACUUUCUCCAGAACACUUAUUGCUAACUCGGGCUUGCAAGAAUUCUUGUGGGCGACUACUUUCCAGUUCUGCUACUUUACCACCUUGUUGCCUAACUGCCAUCCCAUUCAAUGCUCUUCUUGUUGUGUUUUUAUACCCCACCUCCUCUAGAUUGUAAGCUCUUUUGAGCAGAAUCAUCAUCAACCCAUUGUUCCUGUAACCUAUUGUAAAAUGAUAAAAAUGUUCCCCUUUAUAAUAUUGUAAAGCUCUGUGGAACAGGCUAGCGAUAAAUAAAUUACGAUGAUGAUGAUGAUGAUAAUAAUAGUAAUUAAACACUGUUCACCAUAACAACUUCAUCUAAUUGAAGUUAUUAUAGUGCUUACAAUAGAUCCCACGCUGUCUUAGCUUCAAGCCAUGCCUCUAAGCCUUUUGGAUAGGAGAGCCAAGACUUUCCUGCUUUCAUACCAGGCAUGCACAGGGAAGUCACGGUUUUUCAUAGAGAAUUAUUACACUCAAUGGUUCUCUAUGAUAAGAGUAUCAUUGGCAGCAUGAUCUAUGAGGAGCAUUGGGUUAGACCGCCAUCCUGGAGGCACAGGUGGCAGCACCCUGAGAGACUCUGUGCUGGAGAAAAUGUGAGUAAAUUCUGUUAGUUUUAUAUCCCAGUGCACAUGGGGGGGAUCUGCAGCUAGUUAUGUCCAGGGAUAUUAUAGCAAUGGGAAUUCAGAUUUGUGUUCCUAAUGAUAUAGUGUCCCUUUAAAUUGUUGCCCUUUUUAGUAGAGCACCGAAAACAGAACCUGAAUGUCAAAAUGGACACUAAGCAUGUGUAAAUGUUGGGGUUUCUCUCAUCUUGCAGGAUACAGCAGACUACAUACAUGUAUAACCAAUUAAUACUUACUUACUGUUUGCCAUAGGCACUCUGAGACCAAAAUACUUACACUACAAAAUAAAUCAAUCUCAAAGUUUAGUGAGUAACCCUGACUCUCCAUUUCAAUGCUAAUGUAUACGAUAGCAUAUAAACGAUCUAGUAGUCUGUCAGUUAUUUACUAAACUAGAAAUUGUCUUGUUUCUGCCAAUGGGGAUGUAAAUAGCUGUGAAUUCCUCUAUUGUGAUAUACUACUAUUUCAUUUUCUCAUUCGUGACAUUUAGUCUACUGAACAGCUUUGUGUGUAUGUUUAACUAAACGUCUGUUUACUCUUUAAAGCAUAAUGCUGGCAAAGCAUCAAGGGAGAUGUAGUCCAAAACAUCUGGAGAGCCGAAGGUUCCCCACCCCUGCUUUAAAGGGACACUAUAGUCACCAAAACAACUUUAGCUUAAUGAAGCGGUUUUGGUGUAUAGUUGUCCCUGCUGUCUCACUGCUCAAUUUUCCGCCAUUUAGGAGAUAAAUCACUGUUUAGGUUUAUGCAGCAGAAGUCCGCACUUUUUGUAAAAUGAAAACAAUAGGACACACUUUCCACACAUAAAGCACUUCAGGAAUCGGAAGUGCUUUAGGGGUCUGGAGUGUCCCUUUAAAUUGCUCAUACCCAAUUUAACAACUCACUCUCCCAAUGAUUUCAUCAGUCCCUCCUGCUCUUUCUUACAUUUAUUCAACAUUAUGAGAUCUCCUUUUGUAUUAUGAGGUCUCCGCUUUCCUCUCCUCUCCAUCAGCGUAAAACCACUGAAAACGUGAAUCUCCUUGACCCCACUCUCCUGGAAACAUCAUGGAGGGUGACUGAACACUACUUCGGGGGCUCCGAUACUGUUUAGGUGUGUUAGGUAUAAUGACCACUGGAGAAAAAGUUAUCCUUUUAGGGGUCCUUAGUAUUUUUGCUCCAGGCAGCAGUGACCAUCUGCAUCAAUAAGGAAAAGGAAAUAUAUGUUACUUGGUAUAAUCAGGACAGCCACUGCUUAACCAAAGUACUUAUAGACAGGUAUCUACUUUGCCAAUUGGCCAAAUAUUUUUGUAAUUUUCAUUUUAUAAUCUCUUUAUUAGGUAUGGGUUUAUUAGAUUUGUGGUGAAACAGGGCCCCCUGGUGGACACACAGUCCAGCAUAGCUUAUUUAGAUUCAAGGAACAUUUCAAAUUUAAGGCCAGAGUAGCCAAGCUGGAAGCAUAACUGACUUAAAUUCAGCUAUUUUGGCCUUAAAUCUGAAAUUCGCUUUGAAUUUCUAACACUUUUCACUUUAGUGAUUAACCCUGCAAGUGUUUGUAUCCCAGAAUUUUUUUCACUUAAAGGGUUACUCUAAUCAAAAAGUAGUGGUAUUGGUCAGAGUAAUUCUUCCUAUAUGGACUCCUUCCCACAAAAAAAAAACUUGGGAAAAAAAAUAGCUCAAAACUUACCUCCAUCCCAGCACCAAGGCCAAGGCCCUGCCGCCUAAUGUUACUCUAGCUGACGUUAUUCAUCCCUCGCCAGAUAGUCGGGUGGCAGACUGAGAGAAGGACAUGGGCAGCAUGGAGGGGAACGGAGCAUGCAGCCAUUGGCUGUCUGGUGCCAGCAUGCUUAGUGUACUGGCGUCAGAAGUCAGUCUUGCUGCCAGCAGCCAAGGGGUUACUCUCUGAAUGUGCAGCAUUUUCAUAGAAAAAUGCUGCAAAUACAGACCCCAAGCACCAUGACCACGUGAAACCACUGAAGUGGUGAUGGUGCUUGAAGUAAGAGUACAUACCAUUUUUUAUAAUUAUAUUUUAUAGAAAAUCUUUAAAAUGAAUUUCAUCCCUUAAAGGAACACUAUAGUCACCUAAAUUACUUUAGCUAAAUAAAGCAGUUUUAGUGUAUAGAUCAUUCCCCUGCAAUUUCACUGCUCAAUUCACUGUCAUUUAGGAGUUAAAUCACUUUGUUUCUGUUUAUGCAGCCUUAGCCACACCUCCCCUGGCUAUGAUUGACAGAGCCUGCAUGAAAAAAAAAACUGGUUUCACUUUCAAACAGAUGUAAUUUACCUUAAAUAAUUGUAUCUCAAUCUCUAAAUUGAACUUUAAUCACAUACAGGAGGCUCUUGCAGGGUCUAGCAAGCUAUUAACAUAGCAGGGGAUAAGAACAUCUUAAUUAAACAGAACUUGCAAUAAAGAAAGCCUAAAUAGGGCUCUCUUUACAGGAAGUGUUUAUGGAAGGCUGUGUAAGUCACAUGCAGGGAGGUGUGACUAGGGUUCAUAAACAAAGGGAUUUAACUCCUAAAUGGCAGAGGAUUGAGCAGUGAGACUGCAGGGGCAUGUUCUAUAAUGUCCCUUUAACCCCUUAAGGACACAUGUCAUAAUUCCCUUUUAUUCCAGAAGUUUGGUCCUUAAGGGGUUAAAGCCUAUAUUUGCACUGUUGCUGUUUCAUGCAAAUGGCAGUUUCUUUGUUGUUUUUUUCUUUGAAAGAAAUUUGCUUUGUAAGAGCUUUUACAAUUCUUAUCUUCCCCUGCCAGCCUACAAUGCUGCUCUUGAAAACAAUGCUCUGAUAAGUCGGCUUUUAGAUAUUACUUUUCCAGUGUGAGAAAGGAGAUGACAAAAUGGAACCCUCCAUACUGCAAUCCUGAAAACUGAAACGUGUUAAGAAUCAAUUCUACAUUCACAGUAGGAGCCAAUUUGUAAUCAUGAGUAUAUGCAACAUUGAUCAUUCACCCUCCUUUUAUGGCUUGGCUCCAUUAAUCAGCUUCUGAUUAUACACAAUUAUUCCCUAUGAAUUGAUAUAAUAAUGUUAAACAAUGUUGCAAUCGGCAGAAUCCUGCUUUUUGGGGGGGUUUUUUGUACGAAGUAUGCUCAUUGACAUACCUCAUGUCUUAUAUACUGUUAUAUACCAAACGUUAAUAUAUAUGCUGUAACUCAUGCUUAAGACAGAUUCACACAGUUCAUGAUAGCAUCAUUUGCACCUGUGACUUCAAAACAGUCAAUCGACCAUUAUAGUAAGGGUGGUUUGUGCGGAAAAAUUUCGUUUUUACCAAAUCUGGAAUAUGGAAAGAUGGUGUCUUUAAAUUUUCGUGAGAUGUUGAGAUCGGGGCUGGUUUAGGUUAUAAUGUGAUUGGUACAUAACAGCCUUUCCAAUCCAGAAACCAGGAGUUUAUAAGAAAUACUUUGGCUUCCAAGGUAUGAUGUAGGGCUGAGCAAACAUCAGGGUGUUUUAUUUUUUUUUUAAUAAUUCCAAGAUUAGAAAUGCAAGCGCUUUGUAGUAUUUCCCUGUUAAAAAAAAAAAAAAAGAUAUAUCCAUUGAUUUUGUCCAAUAUGGAAAUAUGACGCAGGAUGUCCUUACACUCUGCAUCAGUGUCAGUUAAGGCUAAAUGCUGAGCACACACAUUAGGUUCCCCCUGGCAGAAUAGACCCAGUGCAGAGGGACAGCAGGGAGGGGACAAAAGAGGGCACUAUAGUGUUAUUUUGCUAACACUAUAGAAGACCUUUAAUGCUUGCAACUACCUCAUGUGAGUGUUUAAAAUUAAAUUAACAGGAGAUAAAAAAAACUUCUAAAGUAAACACAUUGAGAUGUAAAAAAAAAACAAAAACCUUUUUUUCUUCCAUAAUGUUUGUGUGAGUCACAGCCAGAGGAGGUGAGACUAUAUAAACAAAGUGAUUUAUCUCUUAAAUGGCAGAGGAUUGAGCAGUGAGACUGCAGAGGCAUGUUCUAUAUGCCAAAACUGCUUCAUUAAGCAAAAGUUAUUUUGCUGACUAUAAUGUCCCUUUAACUUCAAGUAUCCCCUAACCUUAGUGGUGACUUUUAAAAUGACUCUGUAAUUAUGCUGCAGUAUUGUGAACAAAUUGCAAACAAAGGAUUGUUCAAACUAUAUAGUGAUUUAAAUGGUUAACCUGGCCAUGACACGUGUGCAGGAGAAGCAUUGCAUUUCUUCAUACACCCUGUGUUGUAGUUUUUACUGGGAUGGGGGUUUAUUAUAGUUUUAUUUGGAGGAGCAGUGUAUCACAUCUGGCCACCUCAACAAUUCUUUGAGAGCUUAUUCAUAGUUUCCGUGUGUUAUCAUACAGAGCAGCUCUCACAGCCUUCCUGCACACACAUCAGACUGCUUUCUAAAUCUGGGAGGAUAUUGUUUACCUCUUAUCUACUGGUUGGGUUUCAAAAUAGGAGGGUGACUCAGCACAGCUUGAGAUAGCAAGAAUAUUAAAGGGACACUAUAGUCACCAGAGCAACUACAGCUUAUUAAAUUUGUUCUGGUGAGUAGAAUCAUUACCUUCAAGCUUUUUGCUGUAAACACAGUCUUUUCAGAUAAAAUGCAGUGUUUACAUUACAGCCUAGUGAUAACUUCACUGGCCACUCCUCAGAUGGCUGUUAGAGAUCCUUCCUGGGUCAUGGCUGCCUAACAUGCAUCCAAACAUUCAGUGUCUCCUUCCUCUGCAUGCAGACACUGAAUUUUCCUCAUAGAGAUUCAUUGAUUUCAAUUCAUCUCUGAGGAGAUGCUGAUUGGCCAGGGCUGUGUUUGAAUCAUGCUGGCUCUGCCCAUGAUCUGCCUCUUUGUCAGUCUCAGCCAAUCCUAUGGGGAAGCAUUGUGAUUGGAUCAGGCCACCACUUCUGAUGAUGUCAGCAGACUGUUUGUUUUUCUGAGUCUAACAGCAUGCAGAUCUACAGCUUCUGGCUUGAAUACAGUAAGAUUGCAUGCAGACACUGAACUUUCCUCAUAGAGAUUCAUUGAUUUCAAUUCAUCUAUGAGGAGAUGCUGAUUGGCCAGGGCUGUGUUUGAAUCAUGCUGGCUCUGCCCAUGAUCUGCCUCUUUGUCAGUCUCAGCCAAUCCUAUGGGGAAGCAUUGUGAUUGGAUCAGGCCACCACUUCUGAUGAUGUCAGCAGACUGUUUGUUUUUCUGAGUCUAACAGCAUGCAGAUCUACAGCUUCUGGCUUGAAUACAGUAAGAUUUUUACUAUAUUUAUGGAGGCAUGAGGGGCCCAGGGGGGCUAGAUGGUGGUGUUAACACUAUAGGGUCAGGAAUACAUGUUUGUGUUCCUGACCCUAUAGUGAUUCUUUAACAGUACAGGAGACAAAUUAUUGUCAUAAUAUGAAUACCAAUCAAAGGUUGCCUCUUUUUACAGAGGAGUGUGUAUAACAAAAGUGCUCAAAAGAGUCAAAAAGUGAUUUACAGGCAGCUCAAUACACUAGUGUGGAAAUAUCCUCUAUUCCACUGAAUAAAUUUAGUAGAUAUUGGUGCGGUGUAAGUGACAAGGACCUACACCUAUAAGUGGAGCGCUCAAACACAGAUAAAUCUUACCAAAACGUAGUCUCAUUCAAUGGUAAAAUAUGGGGUACAUGUCAACAUAAAAUACAGAAAAUACAAUAUAGUGUAGAUGGUACUAAAAAAUGGCUUCACAGUGAUUAUAAUAAUAUUGUGUUGAAUAUUACACUCACAUUUCAAGGAGCCUGUAUAUAGAAAACACUGGCUCCGUAUAAAGGCUUGUGUGCUGUUAUGGUAGCACCACCCUCCUACUUCGGCUUGAAGAAUUUCUCAGGAACACGAAAAAAAGAGAAGAAAGCAAACCAAUGUGUAGACUUAUGGUGAUAGAUGGCACAGAUAUGUGUUCAAUAAAUGGGGUGCUCACCUGGUCCUGAGCCUACGAAUCCCGGCUCUAGGUAUGUGGAUUUUGUGCCAGUUUGAAUGGGGAUGGCACUACCCCUGUGAGGAUUCCUUGGAGGCUCCAAAAGGAACUUGGAUGAGGUAUUGAAUAAAAAUGGUGAAUUUAUUAGUUUAAAAUAAACAUAAAAACAAAGAUGAUAAAAGUCCUCAAAUAAAAGUCCUUUAAAAAUGGCCAAUACGCGUUUCACUCUCAAAUAGAGCUUCUUCAGUCAAUAUUAGGGUAAUAAAGUGCUCAGGAGCCGGGUUACUGUAAUAAGAUGUUACAGGGUAAGAAGGCACUCAGAAUGUUUAGUUCGCCUAAUGGUGGUGCCGGCUCUGGUUACAAUCCUGAUGAUCUUAGCCAAUCCAGUGCUUCACCAUAAGUAAGUAUUGUGAGGCAAGUGCGCCAAUCAGUAUCUCGUAAUAGAAUGCAGUUACUAAGUGAAUCUAUAUGGGAAGCAUUCAGUGUUUCCAUACAAAUUGUGGAGAAUCUGAAUGUCGGUCCUGCAAUCUUUGCAAGACCAAACCCAGGAAGUCCCUUUAGUGGCUUUCAGUGUGACAAUCACUAGAGAUGGUGUUACAGUGCUCAGCCUGCAGGGACAGACCGUAUACUCCAGAACCACUACAAUAAGCUUUGCUGUUAGUUAUAGAUUGAUCGAGAUAUAUCAUCUAUAUAUAUCGUGUAUUUUUUAUCCAAACAAUAGAGAUAUCGUUUUUUUUUUAACUUUGGAAGUCUGUGUUUUGUAUGAAAUACCUUUUACAUACUGAGAAUACCCUAUAUUUAUUUUUAAAAGCAGAUAAUUUCCCUAAAUAACAUUACUACUAAUGUUAUUGUAAAUGCAAAUGUUAGACGUGUUGUUUGAUGGCUGUUUAUAUUUUAUUACACAUGGAUAUUAAUUAGUUUUUUUUCCCCCUUUUAGGAUGGUGUCAGAGGGAGAUCCGGGCAGCCUGGUGAAGGUGUUCUACCUUCUCAUACUAUCUGCGUCCUGGGGAAUGCAGUGCUGGGUGACAUUUGUAGCAGGUGACAAUAGAUGGUCUUAGUCAGUGCAUUUAUCACAUUAAUUGUAAGAACGUCAGUAUAGGAUUCAUUUAUCCAAACAAUUACGGGACUCUCUAUGCUAUAUCUAUCCCUACGUAUAUUGUAAAAUGCAAGCCCAGGAUUCCCUUUUUAUAUAGUCACUACUGUCUCUAAGGAAUAUCUGUCUCUUACACUGAAAUCAAACUGAAUUUAAAAUUUAAGGCCACGAUUUUAAAACUGUAAACAUAACUGUAACAGAACCGUGCAUGAAGGCUAGCUUCUUUCCCAGAGACUAUGGAUCCCUUGUGAGGGAAGUCCUCCUUCAGCCGUGAAAAGAUUUAAUAGUUCAGAGGUUCUCAGUACAAACAUGUCUAUAUAACCGUUUAAUCACAGAGGGCACAGUAAAAAAACCACCAACUGGUCUUUAAGGAUUAACGUCUAUGUGGCAUGAUAAGUGUGAAAAGCGAAUGGUUAACACCGUGUGGGACUGACGCAGUUUAGUGUCAGGGACUGAUGCAGUUUAGCCUCAAUUUAAUUGUUUUGCGUAAGCUUUUCAUAUUAUCACAAUCUGUUAGAAAAAAAUAUUUUAAAUGUUUUAUCUACAGAAGUCACUAUUAAAGUGUAUGGGAGCAGUGUAGUAUAUCUAGCAGGUGUUCUAAAUCUAGCUCUGAUUAAAAGGUCUGAGCAGGAUAAUCCCUGCUUUGGGAUAUCAGAAGAGGGAUAUCUUCUUUAUAGGCAUUCUAUAUAGUGUAGGGUAUGUAAAACAGGACGAAAUUGAGAAAUAUCGUGUAGUAUUUUCUUUACAGAGGGAAGGAGAAGAAGAGUAACUUUUCCACUCACAUGCCUUAGAGCCUGCACUGGCUCCUAUUAUGAGGUAAUCACUAAUAUAAUCCCCACUGUAGGAUCUCUGUAGAUGUGGUAUCCUUAAAAUAGUGCUCACUAUUUACUUGCUGUCUGGUAAUGCCAGCGCAACACCUCUAUUGUAACCGAGUAAACUUGCAGAAGCCAGACACAGAGAGAUGGAUGCAGGUUUUCAGGAAGUAAGAGGUCUUUAUUAACAUACCGAUCGGGCCUCAGAUAAACUAACGUUCCAAAACAGGUUUGAGGGACAAACACAUGGAGUAAAUGCUUUUUAUAGAACUAUAACUCCUCCUAUUAAUAGCUCCACCCGCACAUACCCUUAACCAAUCAGUGGACAGGAUUUGGAUUUUCUCAUAUGGGCAGACCACAUGGCUCAUCCGAAACAAAGGAGAAAGGAGUGUAAUUUAAGUUCCUGCAUUCCUGCACAUCCUCAGUACAUUGAUGACAGUAUCUUAGCUACGUGUAACUAACUAACUGAUACAACAUACACAUAUGCCACAUGGAAAUCUCGGCCUACUAAAUUUACAUUUCAACGAAAUUCCAUCACACUAUCCCUUUACACCCAUCUAGUCUGCCCAAUUUUCUAAAUACUUUCAUUAGUCACUGGCCUUAUCCUAUAGUUAGGAUAGCCUUAUGCGUAUCCCACGCAUGCUUACACUCCUUUACUGUGUUAACCUGUACCACUUCAGCUGGAAGGCUAUUCCAUGCAUCCACUACCCUCUCAAUAAAGUAAUACUUCCUGAUAUUAUUUUUAAACCUUUGCCCCUCUAAUUUAAGACUAUGUCCUCUUGUUGUGGUAGUUUUUCUUCUUUUAAAUAUAGUCUCCUCCUUUACUGUGUUGAUUCCCUUUAUAUAUUUAAAUGUUUCUAUCAUAUCCCCCUGUCUUGUCUUUCCUCCAAGCUAUAGAUGUUAAGAUCCUUUAAAGGACCACUCUAGGCACCCAGACCACUUCAGCUUAAUGAAGUGGUCUGGGUGCCAGGUCCAGCUAGGAUUAACCCAUUCUUUUAUAAACAUAGCAGUUUCAGAGAAACUGCUAUGUUUACAAAUGGGUUAAUCCUUCCUCCAAUUCCUCUAGUGGCUGUCUCAUUGAAAAUCACAGUGAGAGCACGCGAGCAUCCAUAGGAAAGCAUCGUAAAUGCUUUCCUAUGCGACCGGCUGAAUGCGCGCGCAUUCAGCCGAAUGGGAGGAACAGAGGAGGAUCGGAGGAGGAGAACCCCGCGCCCAGCGCUGGAAAAAGGUAAGUUUUUACCCCUUUCCUCUCCACAGAGCCGGGCGGGAGGGGGACCCUGAGGGUGGGGGCACCCUCAGGGCACUAUAGUGCCAGGAAAACGAGUAUGUUUUCCUGCCACUAUAGUGGUCCUUUAACCUUUCCUGGUAAGUUUUAUCCUGCAAUCCAUGAACCGGUUUACAAGACCUUCUCUGAACUCUCUCUAAAGUAUCAAUAUCAAAUAUAAAUGCUAUAAAUGUAACUUGGAGAAUUUUUCCAUUUCAGCUUUUGUUUCCUAAAAUGUGAAAUUAGCUUUGAGUUACUGACUUUGCUGAAUAGCCCUCUCUGUAUAUAAGCAUGCAUUCCCCACCUCUCCUUGUAUAUUGUACCUUGAUCUGUGUAUUAGAGUGCAAGCUCUGCAGAAUAGUUAUACAUCUAUUUGUAUAGUGCUUGUCCCCUAUACACUAUUUUUUACCUUCAGUAUAUUUUAGAUUCCACAAUUAAAUCCCAUCAAAGGUUUUUUUAUUUAUAAGUAAUAUAUAUAAUUUUUUUUAAAUUUUUUUUUUGAAUGUUGUAUAAAGUAUAUAUUUUGUCUCUUUCUCCUUGCAGGGUUUGUUCUGAUAAGAGGUGUUCCCAGGCAUACUUUCGGCUUAGUACAAAGUAAACUGUUCCCUUUUUACAACCACAUCGUUUUAGUAUUCUCAUUUCUCAGCCUGGCCGUGUACGCCACAUACCACCCCCGAGACCUGCUUUCACCUGGCGAGACUGUACAGGUGAGGGGACACUUACCUGGACACCUUUCCAGCCUGUCAUCACUCUCUCAGUCCUUAAAAAUUCCUCCCAUUUCCUGCACUUUCAUUUGUUUUGUUUUUUUCUAAACAUUCGUUGUUUUAUUCUAUAUAGCUGCUUUUCUGGUUCUAACGUUCUCAUUUAUUUUGUCCCUUUCUAUAUCCACUUUCACUAUUCCCAGUCCAACCUUUCAGUCAGUUUCCAAGCUUUUCACACUCUCCAGUUCACACAAUUUAUUACUUUUUCUAAAUGUCCCUUUUUGCCUCUUGUUUAUCUCACAGAUAUCUCUAUUAUUCACCUCGCUCAUUUUGUCUGCACUGAACGCACGUUGGUUCUCCCCAUCCACCACGAAGACCAUGUUUAAGAUGCAGGCUAUUGAGAAAGAGCAUGGAUUAGGAGGGGGUGUGGGUCUGUCUGCCAACAUCGAAGGUUAUAAGCUGCUCCGGGAAAAGGAUCCCAAAUACCAAGCUUUGCGGAAAAGCUUUCUGCGCUAUCAUGGAAUAUCUUCGCUCUGCAAUCUCCUCUGCUUGUUGUGUAAUGGCGCAAACCUGGUGUACACAGCCCUUCUGCUGCCCACAAUUUAGACAAUGUGGAACAGGGGAAGCCAACCUUUUCCCUCCUUUUAUGUUGGGGAGCAAAAGCUGGCUAUGUUUAAUUACAUUUCCUAGAAUUAUCUCCCGUUUAUGAUAGAGAAUACUGAAGACUAUAGCCCAGCAGCAACCUGGGUAGCUCAGGUUGGCCACACUCAUCUGAUACAUACAUUCCCAUAGUUCAUCCCAGCAGAUCAGAUGUUUGAUAUUUACUAUUGAGUGCAGAUAGCUGCGUUAUUGGCACAGGUUGGCUUGAUCUCCAUUUGAAGAGAUCCUUGAUACUUGCACUGAUAUUGUAUCAAUGUGACUCCUAUAGCUGCAGAUCUUUCCUUACAUUACUACGUAUAGAUCAGUCAUUCUCUCUGACCUCCUGUCUAUUGAGUAUACACGAGACUGGGAAAUUCACCUCCGGUCUCCCCCGUUGCUGCGCUGACUCUUGUAAUCUCCAAUUAUUAUUUUUAUUUUAUUUUUUUAGCUUAAACAUUUUACAUGCCUUUAAGUUUUAAAAGUUAAUUGUGGAUUGUAACAGCUAAAUUAGUGUCAACUAUUUGGCGAGGUUUUUGUUUUUUUUCUCAUUCAAAUGCUUUGUUGUUCUGCCAUUUUAGGCAAAUAAUAAGUUUCAUGAUUUCUUGAAUGUGUGCACAAAGCAUCAUGGGAAAAUGGCAGUGUCUACCAUCCAGUAGUGCAACAGAGGUAGAUGUUUGUAUUGUUCUGUCCACUGUACACCUUACCCCUGUAGCCGCUUCAAAACUAUCUACGGUGUUGAGAUACAACUUCAUUUGCAACAAAUUUGUUCUAACAGAGGCCUUCUAGCCAGCCAAAAAAAAGGUGUAAAUCAGGGGACCCAAAAGGUAGAUUCCCAGAUGUUGUAGAACUACAACUCCCAUGAUGCUUUGCAUGUCUUUAGAAUGACAAUGGAACAUGUAGUUUUAAAACAUCUGGGAUCUACCUUAUGGGUACCCCUGGUGUAGACAUUGACUCACCAUUUUUACUCGAUGAGAAAGACUGAAAUCAACCGUAUGUCAAACAUAUAACAAAGACAAUGACAUGAAAAUUCCAUAUAUAACCACGUGUAACAUGUACGAUUGUUAUUUUGUAAUUUUUUAUAAUUGAUCUAAAACUGCUGGGGAAUCUGACCCACUAAAUGACAUCCAGUACAGUGAUGAGUAUGUGAUGCAUUUUUUUAAAAUCAUUUAUAUAAAAUGCUAAUAGAAAUGGGUUGCGGUGUGAUUUUGGUUAUAAGGAAAAUUUGAGCUAAGCAGAAGCAGCCUUACAGGUUCUAAAAUUUGGUUCUGGUUACCGAUCAACUUUAAAUGAAAAUCUCAAAUUCAGCAGUACUUGAAUUCUCCCAUGAGAAAAGAUUUAUUCAUCCACCUGAACAUACACUCACUUAGCAAAAAAAACCUGUUAAAAUUAAAAAUCAUGUUUCUCAAUUUAUCAAACAACAAAUAAAAAUGUCAGUAUGUUGGCCCCUGCCAUAGUGCAGGCAUGCUCAGCAAGAAUCUGCAGUCAGUGACUUCUGGAGAUUUGAAAAAGUGUUGCUAAUGUAAAAGCCUGCUUUUAUAAAUCUGCAGGAGUCAUUGAUUAGAAUCUCACUAUGGAAUUAGCAGCACAAGCACUGAGUUGGCUGCCAUGGCGAUUGAUGCACAUUAAAACUUGGUCCAAUUUCUUGUUACCAACACUGUUAUAAAUAUUCCCAACAUCCUGUGUGUUCUGCAUUGGUUGUGUUAUUGCCCAUAGCCAAGUAGCCAAUUGAAUUAUAAAAAGGCAGUUUUAAUAAACACCCAAUAUGUAUUCUGAUUUCCACACUGAAAGCAAUAUGCAAAAUGCAACAGAGCUAAAAAUGAAAAAAAUUAUAAUUAAAACCACUGUUUUACCACCUAGGCACAUGAACAAAUCCGUGUUCUUUAAACAACGUAUUGACGAAAGGAGACAAAAAGUGAGUUUGUUAACGCUCAUAUAAUUAAAGGAGCUUAACUAAACACUUAAUUGUAGUAGCUUUAAAACCCAAUUGGAAAAUCUAGGCAACAUUAGCGGAUUUCCCAGAAUUUGUUAUAGUCACCACUUGGCUAUUAUAGUCUGAAUUUUGCAAUUUGGUUUUCCAUUCAUUACAAAUCUGUGUUUAGUGCAUAAACAAUGAAAUAUAGGAUAUUGCAGAAGCUAGAGAAUUAAAUCACUGCACAGUUACUAUCAUGUAAAUCACCGCUGUUAUGAUGUCUUGGAGAACAAUGUGAAUUAGAGAUACAAACACUUACCAGUAAACGAAAAGAAUGAGCCCCUCUACUCAUGGGCGAUGCUUUACCAGCAUUCUGGAAGCUGUGUGAGGCUGAUAAAAUAUAACUGCUGCAAGAUGACAUGGUGGCUCUUAGGAAAUUAGGUUUGGCCUUCAGAAACUCAACAAAACACCGUCCUUCGUUGAAAUAAAAUCUGAUCCAUCUAAUAUGAUUCUCUCCUAGCUGUUAAGGAAAUGGCGCGGUAUAUUUAUUUAGGAGUUUAACCAGGAAGAAUACAGUGAGAUUUCUUUUGUUUUCUGGUGUAUCCUGAGGGUAAAAACAACAGAGGUUCAAGGUUGUAUAUUUAAAAAACCCAUGCAAAACAAAUAAUGAAACCUUGCCACUUAUUAUAAGUGUGGCUGGAGAGGCCAAUCAUUUCAGAGAUUUUUUAUCUGGAGAACGUUUUUGUUUUCUGAAGGAUAUUUUACAGCUGCAGAGCUAUGUGUGAGAAUUCCGUUUGAAAUAUGGUCGUUGGAAUGGAAAAGAGUCCCUCAUUCUCUCACCCCAGUAAACCUUAUGGAAGUAUUUACUGGGGCGAUUAGUGAAUCAAAAAAACAUACCUGACUGUAAGGCAGCUCAGGGCAACAACUUUUUGACGCAGUGAGUGAUCCGAUUGCCAUUCUGGGGUCGAGAAAUAUUUUUUUACCUAGUUUGUUGAAAAAUUGGAAAGUGCUUUAAACUGGGUUGUCUACCUUCUUUUGGAGCCAUGACAGAAAGAAAUGUGAAAUUAGAGGCUGAAUUUAAUGGACGCAAGUCUUUUUUCAGCCUAUGGAAUUGUACUUGUGAUCCCCUAGGUCAGGCCUGGACUGGCCAUCGAGCAAACCGGUCAAAUACCCGGUGGGCAACAAUGGCCAUGGGCCGAGGCUGGAGCAGGAGGUCAGAGAAUCUCCUCUUCUGGCCCAUGCAGGGCAGUACGGCCCUAAGAGGGCUCUAUCCCUUCAUUGGCCAGAGGGAAUAUUAAGUUACUGGUAGGUAGAGAGCCAGGCAGCCUCAGUCUCUCCCUCUCAUAACCAUCGAUAGUUUCAGAGUGUUGCUGCAAGAGGGAGAGACCAAAUAACUGAACCACCAGGAAGCAGACUCUCCCCAUGCAAUAUAUUGAGUUCUUCUUUUAAUAAUUAAAUAAUGGAAAUAAUUAUUUACGCCCCUAUAUACACACACAUUACACCAUCUGCACUCACACACUACACCCUCUAUAAACACACUACACACAAUCUAUACCACCUGCAAACACACACAUCACACCAGCUGCGCUCACACACUGCACCCUCUAAGGCGCUAAGGACAGAUCGGAGGUUGGUGUUGCAUGACGGGUACCAACAACCAAGAUCAGAAGAUGGCGACGAUGCAACGUCAAUAAAUCUUGACAUUUUACAUUUAAUACAUUGUAUAUCUUUGUGAUAUAUGAUUUAUUCAAUGCUUUAAGGGAAGUUGUUUUUUACAUGACAGCAUUAAUU